CAACCGUCCAUUCAUUUAACCUAGGAAUGUAUCUAUCGUUUCCUUUGAGAACAGAGACAGUCGCUCUUCACCCUUGAACAGAGACAGUCGCUCUUCAUCCUUGCUCACAGAUCGACAAACCCAUCUAGAAAUCCAUCCGUGUGCAUAUAUCGCCCUUAAGGUAUGAUUGUGUUUCUCAAAUAUGAUUUUUCUGUGACAAUCGUAUAUAUGCCUUUAUGUUCUUCUAUUUAAUUUUUGUGGGCGUGAGCUAUUAGUGUGAAUAUGAGCUGGUAUAAGAGAUUGAUACGAGUUGAUUGUGUGGAGUAAUUGUAGGAGUUGACGAAGAUAGGUUACCUAGAAUAGUUAUCUGAUUUGUUUCUCCAUAUCCUCUGUCUCUCCAUUUUCCUUCUUAACCUAUUCUGUUUAAUGUUGAUAAUUUUUUAUUGUUUUCUGUGGAAUUCAUUCUAAGCCAUGAUCUUUACUUGAUUUGAUUAUGUUGAGUAGUCAAUGAAGGGAUGAUGGAAGGAUUGAACAUUAUUCGUAUAUAUGUCUUUGUGUUUCUCUUGCCUGCUUGUUUUGUUUAUUUUAGACUGUUUAGUAUAACAAGUACAUAUAUACCAAAUAUCAAAAUUGUUUUGAACAUUAGCUUUUCUGUUUAUUGUUUUUAUAGUAGUGUUUAGGCUUUAUUAUAUAUACUUAUAUGUAUUAUAAUGCAGUGAUGGCUCGUAUGAUGCGAAAGAACAACUUGGUUGUUGCAUUGUCCCUUUGGAACCAAAUUCUUUCUUCGAUUGACCUAAUUUUCUAUCUUUUUUGUAUUGCAACAUCACUCCAUAUCAGAAGACCAAGAGAUAGGUCUUAUGUAUUGGAUUUUGCAUUUCAAAGGGAACACCUUAAAAAUCUAGUUUACGAAAGUGACAAUACAUGCAUUGCACAACUAAGAAUGAAUAGGGAGACUUUUGGAAAUUUGUGUUCUAUGUUAGAGAAUUUAGGAGGUCUAAAACCAACAAAAAACAUGUUGGUAGAUGAACAAGUUGCAAUUUUUUUGCACAUCCUGUCUCAACAUGUGAAGAAUAGGGUUAUUCAAUUUAGAUUUAAGAGGUCUAGUGAGACGAUUAGUAGGUAUUUUAAGAGGGUUUUGGAUGCUGUCAUUUGUCUACAUGGAGAGCUAUUAAAAAAGCCUGUACCUGUGCUACCAAACUCAACAGAUUCAAAAUGGAAAUGGUUUCAGAAUUGUUUGGGUGCUUUAGAUGAAACAUAUAUCAAGGUAAGGGUACCGGUAGAGGAUAAAGCUAGAUACCGCAAUCGUAAAGGUGAAAUUGCGACUAAUGUCCUUGGUGUGUGUGGACCCGAUAUGAAUUUUAUCUAUGUUCUCCCUGGUUGGGAGGGUUCUGCAGCCGAUGGUAGGGUGCUUCGUGAUGCUGUGAGCAGACCCAAUGGUUUAAAAGUACCACACGCUAUGUCUAAAAAAGCAAAAGUACAACAUAUGUGGACUGAAGAUGAGGAUACUAUCCUUGUCAAUGCUUUGCUGGAUAUUUACAAUGUUGGAACUUACAAUGCUGAUAAUGGGUUUAAGACUGGAUACUUGGGUGCUUUGGAGAAAGCCAUAAAAGAUAAGAUACCUGAAACAGAUAUCAAGGCCAAGCCUCACAUUGAGUCAAGGCUAAAAACAUUGAAGAAAGACUUCUCAAUAGUUUAUGACAUGGUGUAUGGCCCCAACACUAGUGGAUUUGGUUGGGAUCCCAUAAAUAGGUGUAUUGUUGCUGAAGCUCCUGUUUGGGAGGAGUAUAUAAAGGGUCACAAAAGGGCAGCUAACUUCAGAAAUAAGGAGAUCCCCCAUUUUGAAGCACUAUGCACCAUUUAUGGUAAAGAUAGGGCCAAUGGAAGAAAUGCCCAAGAUCCUUCAGAUGUGGUUGAAGACAUAAGAGCUGAAGAGGCAUUACACUAUGAUGAUGAUACUGGGUAUGUACCUGAUGUGUCUUGGUUUAAUGAGAUGCAAGGAAUGGAUGUCUCAAUGUCCGCUGCUAGGGCUGGUGCCUCUCAUUCACCAGGGGGAAUGUCAGCGACUCAAGGAGAUACAAAUGCUUUUCCAAGUGAUUUUGGCAUGCAAAGUGAUGGAAACUCAACUAGGAACAAGAAAAGGAAACCCAAUAACAAUACAAAUGUUAUUGACGCGAUAAGAGAGGUUGCUGAUGCAUUGGGAAAGCAGAUAGUGAAGGCCACUCAUGAGCUUAGUGAGGCAAUUGGCACUGAGAAGAGAUCAGAGGAUAGAAGAGAUAAGUUCUUUGAUGAACUACGUACUUUGGAGGGGCUAUCCAGCCAUGAACGUUUCACAGCUGGAAUUAAGAUGGGAGGGGAUAAGACACUGGUGUCAAUGUUCUUUAGUCUGCCUAUUGAAGAAAGAGGAGCAUUUGUUAAGAGUUGCAUUGAGAUGCUGUGAUAAAAUGCUUUUGUGUGGUGAUGUUAUGAGAUUAUUAUGGUGAUAAACUGCUUUUUGUUGUGAUUUUAUGAGAGCAGUGUGUUCUUUAACAUUAUCACUAGAAACAUGUUAUUUUGUGAAGGAUUAUCUAUUUUUAGAAAUGAAUGUGUUCUUGGCUAUGGCCAAGUGACUCAGUUUAUGAAC